GGAAUUUUUGUCAAACGGACGCACACUAUACUGUUAGGCUAUCCCCUGAGGCUUCGCCAAAAACGCACCUCAUACUGUAUGCAAAAGUUCACACAGCUCGUGGGUUGAUGGCAACACCCAGCCUAAUUAUGACGUCACGUUCCGAAUCCGUGGGGGCGAAUUCUGACGUAGUGUUAACCAUCCUUACGUACCCAGUCUUGCUCGUUGUGCAAUGUUACCCGCGUGAGAAGCUAUCGAGCAGUACCUUUGUCUUGACACAUAUAUGAAUUCCUCUGAGCGAGUGGAGACGUCUUCAGAGACACCUGAAUGUUUUAUUCUGUUAUGGAUGUAUAGACUCGAGGAUCACAACAUGCACUUCUUUGGAGCCACUGCGGUUGGCAAGAGCCAAGGGAUGCUGUUGCGAAGUUACCGUCUCUCUGGGGACGGCGAAGAGAGCGACUCUCGUGAGGACGACGGGUCGCGCUCCGCACAUCGCCAGGGAGGGCAGGCAGACGACAUGGAGGAGGACGCGGACUCAGACGACGUCUUUACGGACGGAGAAGAUAGGUCGCGCCGCCAUAGCAGCAAGAGGGACAGUGAAAUGAGCCUAGUAGACCAGAACUUAUUACUGCCUGAUCUGCCCUCCGAACUUGACCUUGUGCUUGACCCGGACGGAGACCUGGCUUACUACUGGAUGGGUGCAGUUGCCCUGGCGGUACUGUACAAUUACUGGGUCAUUAUUCUGCGCCUUGCCUUCGCCGAAAUGCGCGAAGAGGGUCCACAUCAGUUGGUUCUGUGUGAGCUGGACCUGUUUUGUGACUUAGUGUACGUCUUGGAUUUCCUUGUACAACACCGAACAGGUUACCUAGAAGAAGGCAUGCUGGUGUUCGAUCCGUACAAGCUGUCCUCACACUACCGUAGCCAGCCGUGGUUUUGGAGGGAUGUAGUCGCCAUCCUCCCACUACAGUACAUCUGCAGUCUCCUGCUUCGCAUUGUUCCCUUUCAAACGUGCGGCCAUCUUUCAGACAGUUCCUGUCUACUGCUUCGACUGGCUCGGCUGUUAAAACUCCACUCAUUGGCUCAGUUCUUUGACGUCACGGACACCCGUAUCAGCAAUCCUAACAGACUUCGAGCAUUCAAGCUGACCAUGUACCUAGGGGUAGUGAUCCACUGGGUGGGGUGCUUCUACUACAUGUUAUCAGAGUACGAAGGUCUUGGAACCAAUGACUGGGUGUACUCAUCUGCACCUGCAUUUAAAGAUUUUACGAGUAAGUACAUCCGCUGCAUGUACUGGUCCACCAUGACUCUAACGACCAUCGGGGGAGCUUCCAAUCCCGUGACAAACCUGGAGUACAUCUUCACGGGAGUGACGUUUCUUAUCGGAGUCUUUGUUUUCGCCGCUGUGGUGGGGAAUGUGGGUGACGUCAUCAGCAACUUGAAUGCUGCAAGGACUGACUUCCAAAACAGGAUGGACUCAAUCAAGCUGUACAUGACGCACAGAAAAGUGCCAGAGGCUCUACAAAGUCGUGUCAAGCGGUGGGCUGGCUACGCCUGGCACAGGACGCAGACCCUGGAUGAGGUGUCUUUACUAGAGAUGCUACCGGAGCGGCUUCGGGCUGAGAUAGCCAUACACGUACACCUGGAGACACUUCGGAGGGUGACGAUAUUUGAGGACUGUGAGCAGGGGUUACUGUGUGACCUGGUACUGAAGCUGCGCUCCCAGAUCUACUCACCUGGCGACUACAUCUGUAGGACGGGAGAGACAGGCCGUGAGAUGUAUAUCAUAAACCAUGGCACGGUGCAGAUCCUUGUGCCAGAGAACACUACCGGGGAGAGAAAGGUGGUGGCGACCCUGACUAAGGGAAACUCGUUUGGAGAGAUCAGCGUCUUGAAACUGGACGGAGGCGGCAACAAGCGAACUGCUGACGUCAUUUCUGUUGGCUACUCAGAACUGCUCGUGCUUUCUCGGAAAGACCUUUUGUCUGCUCUAGUUGAGUACCCAGAUGCCAAGAAGCUACUGGAAGCCCAGGCCAAAGAAAGACUGGGACAAAAUAAAGAAGCAAGAGGCGCGACCGAUGCAGACGGAUUCGAGGCAUCCCAGAGUAUGAAUAGGAAAGCCUUCAGAGGCGGGAGCACUAGUGGGGUCAGUCCGGGGAAGGAGCUGGCCGAGCUGAGAAAUAUCAUAGAGGAACUCCGAACCUUUGACAGUCAGGUUACACGAGAAAGGGUUCGAGGUCUGUCAGAAAAGUGUGACGAUCUACAGCGGCAGCUGAGCAGACGGCAGACAGAGCUGACCCGGGCCUUACGGCGAGUGUCUGUCCUGGAACGUCUUCUGGACUCUGCUGGCUUACUUUCAUCCAUGCCUCAACUUAAUGGGGAGCUCACGACCCCAGUGCAGAGUGACGCUUCCGACACCGAGCAGUACAACCCUGCAUUGGCCGUCCCUUCCCCGCAUACACACCUACUGAGGAGACGGAGAAGCAGCGCGUCGUCCCCGGGGAGUCCGCGGCGGAGGAGACGGUCCCGGCGAAGGAGGAGGGUAGAGGUGCCCGCUAUCUGCGUCAACGGGGUGGAGAAGCAGAGCCCGGUUUCUGUGAAUGUGGAGAUGCCGAGUUCGGAGACCUCGGAAGGCUGCUAUGUUUCUGAGACUAAUGAGGCGGGGAGGUUACACGUAGACUCCACCGCGGCAGAAAUUUCAGGAAGUACCACGGAUUGUAACACUACCGAGGGAAGCGACUUCGAUGGGCGAUAAAGACAUAACCUCUCGUGUAAUCUUAAUUUGUCCAUUUUUCUGGACUAAACAAUAGAUUGAAGAUUAAUAUAUGACAAGUGGGAGAUAUGUUGCUGAGAGGAAUGCAUGUCCAAGAUAUAUUUGUACAAAUAUUUGUCCGCAGCUACUAAGUUACUAUCUAAUCAUGUGGUCUUGUUCAGUUCGUACCAAAGAAUCCUGUGGUCUCCUCUGGGCACUAGCUACAAAACAUCAUUCAACCUUGUGACGCUUGUAAUUCUAGUGAGCUAUUGUACUAUCUACCUGCCGUUGUCUUUGGAUGCUAAGAGAUCAAUUAGUGGAUUCUUCAAGGAGGAAAGAUUAUCAUGAUUGGGCCAGAUGUCGGUUUUGAUACAGGGUAGUCCGUAAAAGGUUAUGCUCCCUUCUGCCAAUAACUGGUAUCAAAACAGAGGAAUAUGUAUCAUGAUUUCCUGGUAUUUUUUAUUAAAAAAAGUCACGUGA